CCUGUCUGCACAUCUUCACGGGUCUAAAUAAUAAAAAUAUUCGUCGGUCGCUACAUAGCCAUGCAAACCCAUUUUGACUUCUAUGUAGAUUGGUCAGUCGAGGCUGCCACAGCAUUAUGUUUACCCACAUGGACGUCUCCUCGGUGCAACAUCUUGCGGGAUCCUCUUCUAGAUUAUUCAACUUCAUUGCGCCAAUCCGGCUUUUCGAGGCUUUGUUGAUCACUGAUGGAAAUGACUCUGAAACGAUGGUUGUAUCUAACCGGUGUUCUCUUGGGCCGUCACCCGAAAAUAGCUGAUCAUACAAAAAGGUUUAUAGCACGGCUGCCACCAUUCAAAUAUUCAUCUUCGCUCGAGCCCUUUCCACAUGUCGACAACCAACUCCUCAAUUCAAGAUUCUCCACAACUUCAGGUCAGGAGUGUCAUAGUCUUCCCUAUCGUGACGGUUAUGGUGAUGUGUGUUACUUAUGGUCUCUAUAUAGCGCUUUUUGCUCUUUGCAUAUACAUACUGCGCCAGGGUAAAAUACGGUAUCAAACAUUCUACAUCUGGUCGUUAACCGCUCUCUUCGUGAUGUCGACGAGCAUGGUGGCGGUGGAGACCGUGGAGGCACUAUUAGAGUCGGUUGUGGAAUUCAGGUCCGCAAAAACUGCGGUUCUUCUUCUCCUUCACAAACUCAUGACUACCCUAUUUGCGUUCAGUGUGAUUCUCCCUAUUCUUGCGAAUUUGUCUGCAGAUUCCAUCCUGAUACAGAGAUGUUACAUCAUCUGGGGGUCUCGCAAUCGCGUCCUGAUACCGCUGAUUGUUGUCUCGUUCGCUACUAAUGUCAUCACAAGCACCGGAGUCGUCAUGUUGAUCAUGGGGCUUGCGGAUACAACGAUUGCUUCAAACGAAAUGAGGGUUGAAAAGGGAGGAACUAUCCAGGCUGUAGGUUUGAUCAUAAGUGCAGCCUUCAAUUUGGCGCUGACUCUUCUAACUGCCGGACGAAUAUGGUGGAUCAGUCACCAAAGUUAUGUGACGACGAAAAAUUACAUCGUGACAACUAUGAACAAAAUAAUGUCUGGUGGCGAUUUCCCUUUUACUUGGCCGAUCCUCCAAACCGUAACUGUUUCUGCUAUAGUCUCGAAUCUGGAAUGAUUUAUCCCCUGGUCAUGAUUCUCCAUUUGAGCAUCACGAACGGAUUUUCCAUGGAUCAAGUCCCUCUCGACACUUUCCCGCUGGUUAUUCUGGCUGCUGGAAUCGCGCCUACUUUGAUGAUCAUCCGGAUGCGCCUAGGGAUUUAUACCUCUAAAGACAACACUGGUAUUACCCUAACUAAUACUCAACGACUUCGUUCUGGCGGUUUCUUAUCGUCGAUUCAACCGGAUUCAUUGUAUUUCUCAGCACUGUCAGUGAUCGGUAUGCGUCGCUUCUCACGGAUGGAGGGCAACCAUGUCAAAUCUCUUCCGAGGGAACUUGAACCGGUCUAUGCGGUAUGAAGUUGCAUGGUCCAGGUCUUGAGGAUCCUAUCCUGUGUACAAGCUUAGAUUAUUGGUCUGAUGGUCAUUUAGAUGUAUGUACAUUACGAAUGAAUGGAUAUUGUAAUUUUGAUCUA